AUGCGGUGGGGGGCCGGGCCAGUGGGAAAGCCAGGCGGGCACAGAGGUCCAGGCCCGCAGGAGCUGAACAGGAGCCACGAGCCUGCUCUCAGCCUUGGCACCGCGGAGGCCGCGCUGACUCGCUCUGUGUUCACCCUGCCAAGGCCAGAGCAGCGGGCUCCAGCCUGCCGGUACCUGCAGGGAGAGAUGCCCUGCGACGCAGCCGCCCGCCUCCCUCCACUCCUGCCGGCCCGGAGCCAGCCUGGCAGCCCCGCGAGACACACCCACUGCGAGGUCCUCAUGUCUUUGCCCUCACUCAUCACGAUGCUGCAUACAGCAGGGGGAGCGGGGGAUGUAACUUGGCCUGUUCGCCUGCCGUUUGGGGGGGGCACAUGGCGGGGGGAGCAUGAACCCCGCUGGCGGCCCCCAGCUGGCCUCCCCAGCCACACAGCGGGCUCCUCAGAGGUGCCCAGGCCACCCACCGCCCAGCGGGGACAGCUGCGGGCCGCCCGGCCUCCAUGCCCCGGGCGGGGGCUGAGCCGCUUGACCUCGGAGGGCUGGUCCCCUCCAGGAUUCUACGGUCGGGGCCUGGUGUUCCCAGCCACAGUGUCUCGCACAGGGGGCAGCCCGGAGGACGCUGAGUGGCCACAAAGGUUGGCUGUUCUCCCAUGUGCCUGGAGCGGGGGGAGGGAGCCGCCGGAGGAAGCCAGGGAGCCGGGCGGGAGAUGUGGGAAGGUUCCCCGCGAAAGGGAGCGGCGAGGACACCCAGAGAGACCCAGAAAGCGGGAGACGCACAGGGCCAGAGCCAGAGCGAGACAGGAGGACAAAGACAGAGGUGGCGGCAGCGAGACAAAGGGAGGACCGGAGAGCCGGGCGCAGCCGGGCCGCGCGGAGAAGGCGCGCGCGGCCGCCGACAUGUGUGUGAACCGGCCACAGAAAAUCUUUGUGGGGACGACUGAGGCCUCCGUUCCCACACGACUGGCUCGGCGCAGCUGCCAGCAGGCGGCUGACCUCCGCCCCCGGGGCCUGUGAGCCUGAGCUGCCUGCGGACGCCGGUUUUCCCACCCCCGGCCGAGGGACUCCUCCAACGCUCCCCGCUCCUACAAGGACCUCAGCUCAGAGUCAGAGCCCAGAAGAUGACCUCCAGGGUCGUGCGGUCCCCUGGAGGGCACUCCUGCCGGGUGUGAGCCCGGGCUCUGGGCUCCCCCGGCCUGGGGUGUCUUCCUCACACGGAGGGACCAGCCUGGCUGACUAAGGCUGUGAACGCGCAGGAAGAUGUUCUUUGCGCUGUUAUUUAUAAUAGUGGGGGAAACCGUCUAAACGUCCACCAUAAGGUGCAGUUAAUAAAACCCACACAGCCCCCUUCACACACUGCUGAACAUACUCAGCUGUCACCCCGCGGGCGCUGGACACCCCUACGGACGUCUGUUGCUCAGGCUGCCGUAACCAAGUACCAGGCCGGCAGGUUCAAACAACAGAGAGAUAUUUUUCUCACAAUUCUGGAGGCUGGAAGUUGGAGACCAAGGCUGUUGGUAGGUUUGGUUCCUUCCAAGGCCUCUCUCCUUGGCUUGCAGAGGACCAUCUUCUCCCUGUGUAUCUCACGGGGUUUCCCCUCUGUGUGUGUCUGUGUGCUAAUCUCUUCUUCUCACAAGGACACCAGUCCUACUGGAUCAGGGCCCACCCUAAUGACCUCUGUAAAGACCCAAAUAUAGUCAAAUACAGUCACAUUCUCAGGUGCUAGGGUUAGCAGUUCAACACAGGAAUUUGUGGGGGGGGACACGAUUCAGCCCACGACAGGAACCCUCCACCCAACGGAAGCCGUUUGACAGGCCACGUGUCAAGCGACACUGGCAACAACGUGACACAGAAGCUUUCAGCUCCCUGGUCGCAUGAGAUCCGAGAGUUCAAAGAUCCCAUCGGCUCCCAGGAAGGAAGCCCUAUCUGAAAGGCUCUACCCCAGGAGACAGCAUCAAA